AAUUAAAUCAUCUGUUUUAAGUCGACAACAAUCGUAAAAUCGUAAAAUAUCCUUCAUUUCAUAUACUCAAACUGUCCGUGCAAUGGCCACCAACCCAAAUUAUACGACCCCGAAGGCGAGCUCCGUAAUUCUGGCCGGACUUGGAGUGGCCGCCGUGGGAUUCGCCGGGAAGCACCUGAUACGCCGCAUGCCCCAGAUGACCACCAAAUUCAACGAGGCUCUGAAGAACCUGCCCAAAUUCGAUGCCGAGAGCAUGGCGGCCUCCAAGUACUACAAAGGUGGCUUCGAUCCCAAGAUGAACAAGCGGGAGGCCUCCCUCAUCCUGGGCGUCAGUCCCAGUGCGUCCAAGCUCAAGAUAAAGGACGCUCACAAAAAGAUCAUGUUGGUGAACCAUCCGGAUCGAGGCGGUUCGCCCUAUUUGGCGGCCAAAAUCAACGAGGCUAAAGACUUUUGGACAAAGCCAAAUAGAUAUUGAAGUGCAAAUAAAAUAGUUUGUGAUUAGCAUGUAAGCUGAAGUCUUAUGCGUUUUAUUUCCAUUUUCUAACCAUUUAUAAUUUAACCAAUAGAAUGAUUACAAUGGCUGUAAUUUACUUUUCUGGUCAGUAAUGACUAUAGUUGAAUAUUGUAUGUACAUAUGAACUGUUGGGUUUUUCUUUAUGAAUUAAAAGGUUUUUUUGUUUUGGUAAUGCUUUAACAUUUAGCUUGUAAAGAGGACCUUUUAAUAAAUAAUUAAAUGAAGUUAUGAUAA